AUUUUGUAUUUUUGCAGUUUUUUGUCUUUGGCAUCUAUUGAAAACAUGCUAGUGAUGCUUUCCAGCCUGUUUCAUAUGCCUUAUUACAUGUAUGAGAUUGCAUAGCCAAUGUGGAAGUCAGACUUCUGAAUCCCUUGUCUGAUACAAUGUCUGAUCCCAAAGCAUCUGCCCCCACCCUGGGGUCACAAACUUCAGUUGCCAAUGUGGUGAUCCAGGACCCCAAUGGACACCCACAGUUGAUACGGGUCAUUCAGCCACUACAGGCAAAGAAUACCACCUCCCUUCCUGUUACUACUACUAUCCCCAGUGGGGCUGUGAAGGCAAUUUUUCGAACUCCUGGCAGCAUGGAGGCGCAGUCUUCUGAUCAGCUGAGUUAA